AUGAAAUUGGAUGAAGUUAAUAUAACGGAACUCAGCCCUAGUAAGCUAUUGGAGUACUCAAAAAAAUGUGUUACUAUGCUUAAGCAAAAAGACAAAGAAAUAUCAUUGUUACAAGUAGAUCGAAAUCAGGCAAAUAUAGCUAUGAAAGUCGCACAGAAAUCUGUCAAUAAACUUCAAUUAGAGAUGACUAAAAUGGAAAAAAAAGCGAUAGAUGAUGCAAUUUUAAUACAGGGUCUUGAAAAACAAUUACGUAUGCAACGAGAAGAGUUUACUUAUCAAAACACCUACAAUUUGGACGUCAAACGUUUGGAAAAUGAAUUAGCCACAAAAGCAACAGAUUUAAAGUGGGAAAAUCAUAACAAUGACUUAUUUUUACUGAAUCAUUCGCUUCGGGAUGAUUUGAAAAAACAAAGUGCACAACACACAAACGAAAAAACAAAUCUGGCAGUCCAAAGUGUUAAACGUUUAAAUGACAGAGCCAAUGUGAUAAAAUGUACUGCAGCUCAUUAUUUAGCCGAAAUAGAUGAAGAACAAAAAUACGCGAUUCGCUUUGUUCAAAAAAAACAUAUUCUAGAGUUACGAUCAGUUAGGUCCCUACAUAAUGAUAAUACACGUAUAUUGAUGGAUACGUACAAUAAAGAAAUCGAAGAAUUAAAAGUUGAAUAUGAAGACAAAUUAGACCAAUUUUUGGAUUUGUCUGAAUCGUUGCAACAAAAAUUGGAGUAUAUUGCUGAAAAUAAUCAUUUUUUACAAAAACGUAAGUCGAUUAUUGAAAAUAAAACAAAAUCGCUGAAUGACUCAUCUCAAGUACUCCUAAAAAGAAAUGAAUACUUGGAAAGGGAAAAUAAAAGUUAUAACAAUUGUAAAAGACAAUUAAAUAGCUUUAACAGAGAAUUACAGAGUAUUAAAGUGCGAUUAAAACAGAUAACGAACGAAAAAGAUUUAUUAGAGGAAGAAAAUCGUAAGAUGAAACUAGACCUUGAAAACUCCGAUGAAUACCAUGAAAAAAAAAUGAGAAACAUGGAAAGGAGAUUCAGUAUGAAAAUAAUGUUACUGUCAAAGUAUGGGACAGAAACAAACUCCGAAUAG